UUUGUAAAUAAACUAGUGAGUUCAGUAUAUUUGUUUCCUUUAUUAAUAUACCAGGAAAUAGAGAACAGAGAUAUAUUGAAAUUGCACUGGGUUUCUCAAUUCUUCGUCGUAUAAUUCAGAUGAAUUCAUUUUAUCCGUAUGUAAAUACCGAAAGAACCAAGAAAACUGACCACACGCAUUUCAGCGCCCUUAAGAAGCAAGAGUUUUGGUGGUUUCUUCCAUUAGAGCAACAAUUAUGUGAUUACAAAGAAACAAACCAAAAGCUAAAAAAUAUAUUUAUUUUUUGUGUCACUCACUUAUCAUGUUCAUUCUGUGUUAUCAUCUUAACCGAUACUAUGCCGAUACUUGCCAAGAGUUAAAAUUGCUGCGGCACCUCCGCUCCGUGGAAAAUGGUUCAGGGAAUUUUGAUAUUUUUUGAUUGGUAGCUCUGGUUUUGUGAUACAGUUUGCGCUUUAAAAGUUGUGAAAAUAAAUGAAGUAUUUGAAUGUUUGUUUUUAUUUACUCCCGUCAUGAAUAUAAGUUGUGUAAUUUGCAGUGAUUUAUUUUUACCGACAUCAGAGAUACACAGCACAACAUGUGGACACAUGUUUCAUUUACCGUGCUUGAUGAACUGGUUGGAAAGGUCCAAAAGUUGUCCCCAAUGCAGAAAUAAAGUUACGGAAAAGUCCCUUCAUAGAGUUUUCUUCAAUUUGGCUAACGUUGACGUUGGACCAGCUGAUGUAGGCUCUUUAGUAAAUCAAGUUGAAAACUUACAAUUCAAAAUAACUCUAGAGAAGAAAAACAAAAAGGAGAAUCAGGAGAAAAUUCGUACACUUGAAUCCAUGAAUCGUGGUCUGAGAGAGGAAGUUGCCAACCUGGAGAAUAAAGAAAAAGUCCACGAGUCUGCUAUACAUGCUUUGAAGGAUCAAAUAACGUAUUUCAAGUCGAGGGCAAAGGAAACUGAUAGACUUUCUGCAGAAAUAGUCAGAUUAAAAAACAGUAUGAAAGAUAUGGACAAUGUGAAUGUUGCUAUCAAUGGUACUAGAGACCAGGUGGACGAAAUCUUGAGAAACCAACACAACAUCGAAUCUCUGGCACUUCUUGCAGCAACUUUGAAGAAGGCUCUAUUGGAUGCAGAAAAACAUAAAAGAGAAUCGGACUCCAACCUAAAAAGAGCGAAAAAUGAUGCAAGUAGGUAUAAAAGGGAAUGCUGUUCUUUGGAAUCCCAAGUUGCUGAUUUGAGGAGACAACUGCAGACUUUGAAAACAAAAUAUGAAAAAGAAAAACAGUACAUCAAACAAAAAAUUGCAGAGAAAAGACUUUACUCAGAUGCCACCAUAGACAUUACUAGUGACGUUAGUUUAACAUCUAAUGAUGGAUCUGUGGUAUGUUUGGAUUCACCUAGUACUAAACAAAGCACUUCCAGUAAUACAUCACUACCAAUGCCUGAAAGAGUUCAACAAAUUUUGAAUUCUGAUUCGCCCUAUUUACCGUUAAAAACCAAUGCCACUAGUAUGGAGCAUAGUUCCCUUUUGAAUGGAAAACCUCAACUAGGAAGUGGUACAUCUUUUAGUUCAUAUACUAUUUUCAAGACAAAUUCUUCGAAUAAAGGAGACAAGAAACCUUCCCGAAAUGAUGUUUAUUAUAACGGAUUAGGAGGAUCAGCGAAAGAAGAUUUAUAUCCAUCACCAAAACCACUACAGACUGGUUUGAAACGUAGCCGCUCAAACACCACAGUUUCUGCUAGAAAAUUCAAAAAACUUUCAGCCUUUCCAACCAAGAAGUGAAAUAAUGUGUUAUAUAUUUAUUGGGAGAGAUAUUUUAUUUUUUUAAUUUAUAAAUAUACCUUAUUUAAAACUA